AUGAGCAGCAAAGAAGACCCGAGCAAGUGCUGUCCGGCGGCUGCUCCCAUCUCCAGUUUCACCAUCCAGUCCAUCUUGGGCAGCGGCAGCUCCGAGCCCCCCCGGGAGGCCGGCGGGAGAGCGGCCGCCUGGCCCGCCCGCGCCCGGACCCUCUCCCUGUCCUCGGAGGACGAGGAGCCGGAGGAGAGCUGGAAACACCGCGGCUGCUUCUGCUCCGAGGCUCAGGGCCCCGCCGAGGCGUGCCACAAGCACCAGCCCCUCAGUUUCACCUGUCUCGGCAGCGCCAAGGGGAGCGGAGCGGCUGCGGGCAGCGGGGAGAGGGGACCUUUCCUCUCCCCGCCUCAGCAGGACUGUAAGGAGGAGAAGGAGAAGCCCUUGGGACCCUCCUCGCCCUCCUGCGGGGACCGGCAGCGCGACGGCGGGGACCGGCAGGCCGGCGCCGCCAAGAAGAAGACGAGGACGGUGUUCAGCCGCAGCCAAGUCUACCAGCUGGAAUCCACCUUCGACAUGAAGCGCUACCUGAGCAGCUCGGAGCGGGCCUGCCUGGCCUCCAGCCUGCAGCUCACCGAGACCCAGGUGAAGACCUGGUUCCAGAACCGCAGGAACAAGUGGAAACGGCAGCUCUCGGCCGAGCUGGAGGCGGCCAACAUGGCCCACGCCUCAGCGCAGACUCUGGUGGGGAUGCCGCUGGUGUUCAGGGACAAUUCCCUCCUCCGAGUGCCGGUGCCUCGCUCCAUCGCCUUCCCCGCUCCUCUCUACUACCCCGGCAGCAACCUCUCGGCCUUACCGCUCUACAACCUCUACAACAAGAUCGACUAUUGA